CAGCUUUAAGGACCAGCUGACGCCGACAUACCACCCGCGACAGGCAUGCCCUUCAAAAUCACUGUACCAUUUGACAGAUGCCAGUGUGACUCUGCCGGCUAGCUCAACCAGUUCCCACCAUCUCUCAACUCUCCGGAGGUAAGAUAGGUUGCAGCAGCAACGGCGACGAGAACAAUGACACGCAUCACACGCAUGACGUCGUCGUCGUUAAAUCGGGAGCCUUCUUCGACCUCGCAACAGAACACAACAGCAACCCCAUCCUCGUCUUUUUCCACUAUCUCCCACCAGCUCCGUCCCGCCUCGCCCGCAGGCAGCUUCUACGCCAUGAGUGACGACGAGGAAGGCGACUACAAUACCAUCACCCACACCGAAUCCGGCCGCGGCGUCAAGCUGCUCUUCUCCAAGUCCAAAGUCUACGUCCAUCCGACCCCCUCUGCCCGAGACAACAUCCCCGGCUACAUCGCCCUCCUCCAGCAGAAGCACCCCUUUCCGUCCAGCACCACCGCCAUCAACAACGAUGACCGCCCAACCUCGUCCUCAUCCGCCCACUCCCGGCCGGCCGUCUCCGAUCUCCUCCUCGCCUGGGUCCCCGAAUCCCAGCUCGGCGACGCCGCUUCCAUCUACGUCAAGGUAGACCUCAGCGUCGACACGGACUCGCCCCCGAAACAGUCCUACCUCGUCCCGCCCCCGCCCACCGUCACGAGCCACACGCCGGGCUCCGCCGUCGGCCACUACGCCUUCGCCAUCCCCGUCUCGGCCGUCUAUUCGCUGCUCAUCCGCCCGCCGAGCGUCGGGUGGUGGUACGGCAGCGUCAUCAUCAACUCGCGCGCCGGCGACUCGUUCCCGCCGCUGUUCUUUCAUGACAACGAGUGCCAGAGCACGAUGCUGCAGAAAAGGAGGCGGGCGCGGGACAGGUUUGACCCGUUUGAGGAGGGCGGGGAGAUGUUCUGGGGCGGGGACGAGGUGCUGCGGUGGUUGAAGCGGUAUGUGACUGUUGAGAGGAGCGUGGUCGAGCCGAAUGUGUACCUGGUGGAGCCGACGGAGGAGGAUAGUCUGGCGUUUGGCGGGAAGGGGUCAAACGUCAAGACUGUGGUGGGUGGUGGGGGGAAGGGCGUCGGUGUGCCCGGUGCAUCGAGGGCUUCGGGGCCUGCGUCCGGGAACAGGGAUGGCGGGAUGGACCCGUUCAUGAGGUUUGUCAAGGAGACCGGGUGGAACAUAAUGGAGAAGUUCAGCAAGGUGACAACGUUCACGCGGCAGGCCGCGCAAGACGUGUUGGAUAACCCUCGCGUGCCGCCGCAGGUAAGGAAUUUGCUGCGGAACCCCGAGGUGCAGACCCUGCAGGACGAGUUUGACAGCGCCCGCAUCUACCUCGCCCGUUGGGCUAUGGGCAUUGCCGAGCAGAGCGAGCGCGACCGGAACCAAAGGAUAUGGACCGCCCGGGAGGUUAUGGAGUUGGAGGACACGGACGUGGGAGAGUUUGAGCUACUUGAUAGCACGAGCAGCCUGACGCUGGAGCAGCUCCGGAAACCAGUUACGCUCAAGGAGUGGAGGAGCUUCUUUGAUCCUCGGACUGGGCGGCUAUCAGUCACAGUGGAUGAGGUGAAGGAGCGCAUAUUUCAUGGCGGGUUAGACCCUGAAGAUGGGGUGCGCAAAGAGGCCUGGCUGUUUCUUCUUGGCGUCUAUGACUGGUACAGCACGAGCGACGAGCGGAAAGCUCAGGUUGCUUCCCUCAGGGACGCCUACAUUAAACUCAAGGGUGCCUGGUGGGAGCGGCAGAUCGACAGGGGCGGAGAAGGGGAGGAGGGCGAGUGGUGGCGGGAACAGCGGGGACGAAUUGAGAAAGACGUUCACCGCACCGAUCGCAACGUUCCCAUCUUCGCAGGCGAGGACAUCCCCCACCCUGACCCAGACUCCCCUUUCGCUAGCGUCGGCACCAACGUGCACAUGGAGCAGAUGAAGGACAUGCUGCUCACCUAUAACGAAUACAACCGCGACUUGGGCUACGUCCAGGGUAUGUCGGACUUGCUCGCACCGAUCUAUGCGGUGCUGCAGGACGAUGCCAUGGCCUUUUGGGCCUUCAAGUGCUUCAUGGACCGCAUGGAGCGCAACUUCCUGCGUGACCAGUCGGGUAUGCGCGCGCAGCUGCGCGCCCUUGACCACCUCGUUCAGUUCAUGGACCCCAAGCUGUACGCGCACCUCGAUUCGGCCGAGAGCACAAACUUUUUCUUCUUCUUCCGCAUGCUGCUCGUGUGGUACAAGCGCGAGUUUGACUGGAUGCAUGUCCUGCACUUGUGGGAGGUGCUCUGGACGGAUUACCUGAGCAGCAGCUUCCACUUGUUCGUGGCGCUGGCCAUCUUGGAGAAGCAUCGAGAUGUGAUCAUGACCCAUCUCAAGCACUUUGAUGAAGUGUUGAAAUACGUCAACGAACUCUCGUGCACCAUCGACCUCGACUCGACCCUUAUCCGUGCCGAAGCGCUCCUCAAGCGCUUCCAGCGCCUUGUGGACACGAUCGACAAGAAGGGGAACUUCCCUGCCCCGAGACCGCGCCUAGGGCAGCUGUCUGAGUCGAGCUCGUCCGUUCCACCGGCCCAGGGAACUGGGAAAGGCAACGGAAAGGCGCCAACACAACCGCAGCAGCCCGAGAAGGUUAUUACUCCUGAACUUAGGCGGUUGCUGAGCAGGCAAGUGGAGGUGUUGCCGAGGAAGGAGUUGGUGAAAAAAGGAGAUGGUUUGGGGAAAGGAAGCAUGGUGGCUUGAGAUUCGUUUGUGAUGCGUUGAGGGGGGCGUAUGACGAAAAGCAACAUUACGGGACGGACUACAUGAAGGAAACCGGAGGGCUUAUUCGUUUACGAUCACGCCAUCAUAAUCUCCGCGGCCUUUUGGCACCUCCAGAUGGCCAGGAGAAACCGGUGAUGCAAGACUCCAUCUCGAUAGGGGUGACAGAUACGUUUGCAUUUGACAGAUAAUGUUCUCCUGAAAAGCAUGGUAGCACUACAGCUCAUCCCUCACAUAACCCGCUUUGCCCUCGAGGUCCUCCAUGGCCAUGAUCUU